UGGCGUUUGAGUGUGUGUGUUUAGUCGGCGAGCGUACGCGCCGGUAUCGUGAACCCAUAACAGUGUGACGACGUUCUGAUAAUUGUUAUGAAAUAACAGUCGGACUCUAACAGUACACACAUUAUCAACGUUAUAAUUUCGCUCAAUCAGUGGCUUUAAAUAGAUAUAAAAGUAGAAAACCCAUGAACGUUAUCACUUACAUCUCAGUUAUUAUUCUGGUUGCAACCACUACACACGCUUCGCAAGACAACAUGUUUCGCUUACCAAAAACAAUGCGCGCCGUCGGGCUCUAUAAAUAUUUGCCGAUAACCGAUGUCAACAGUCUAGUGGACGUGGAAGUGGCUUUACCGAGUGUUCAGAAAUCUGAUGUGCUAGUUGAAGUAAAAGCUACGGCAGUAAACCCUAUUGACACUAAAAUACGUUCUCCGAAACCAGAUAUUGAAGCAUCACCUCGUAUUUUGGGAUGGGACGGCGCCGGAGUCGUGGUCUCGAAGGGAGAAAACGCUAAUUUAUUCAACGUUGGCGACGAAGUCUUUUUCACCGGCGACGUGAGGAGAAAUGGAUCCAACGCCCAAUACAUGGCUGUAGAUCAAUAUAUUGUGGGAAGAAAACCUAAGAACUGGACAUUUGAACAAGCUGCGGCUAUGCCACUCACAUCACUUACUGCUUUCGAGUCAAUUUUAGAUCGUUUGCAGCUCUCAGAGAAGGAUAAAGGCAAGUCUCUUUUGAUCAUCAACAGUGCCGGAGGAGUGGGAUCAGUUGCGACGCAGGUCGGUAAGAACUUGGGACUGAAAGUGAUCGGAACUGCGUCAAGACCCGAGACACAAGCAUUUACACGUGAAUUUGGGGCAGACGUUGUUCUUAACCACACUCAAGAUCUGGUACCACAGCUGGAAGCUAAUGGCUUGGGUGCAGGAGUCGACUUCAUCUUAGUUAACUACGAUCCAGUGCCAUAUUGGGAUACACUGAUGAAGGUUAUCAAACCUCAGGGUAGAAUAUGUUUGAUUGUCGACAGCAGUGCACCGGUAGACAUUAGAACACUGAAAGACAAAAGUCUGACGUUGGUAUCAGAAAUGAUGUUCACGAGAGUGAAGUAUGAUACUGAAGAUAAAGUAAGGCAGUAUGAAAUAUUUAAGACUGUAUCGAAGUGGAUGGAGGAGGGAAAGCUGAAAUGCACCCUGACGAAGACGAUGGGACCAAUCAACGCUGCCAACUUGAAAGAAGCUCACAAAUUAAUAGAAAGCAAAAAAAUGAUUGGAAAACUAGUGUUAUCAGGAUUUUAACUAGGUAUUAAGUUUCAGAUCUCAAAAUAAAUUCUCAAAAUCCAA